AUGUCUAAUGUCACCAGGAAUGAUAGUUGGGUGCACACCAAGGAGCCCUUUUCUCGGGAUGCUUAUGACUUCCUGGCUCUGAUUCUGGCUACUGUUGGUGUCUGGGGAAUAUGCAGUAACCUGCUGAUAUUAAUUCUUUACUUUAAGUUUAGAACUUUAAGGACUCCUACAAAUCUUCUGCUGGUGAACAUCAACUUCAGCGACCUCUUAUUAUCAGUUUUUGGAUUUAGUUUUCACUUUGUUUCAUGUGUAAGCAGACAAUGGAUAUGGAAUGAGGCCGGGUGUGUAUUUGUUGGAUUCUGCAAAAACAUUUUUGGUAAUGUGUCAAUAGUUACCGUUACGGUGAUUGCUUAUCGACGGUACAUUCAAGUGGCAUGUAACAAAGUCAUUGACUUCCCAUGGUCAUGGCAAGCAAUAUCUUACAUCUGGAUAUAUUCACUAGCCUGGAGUUCAGCACCAUUACUUGGAUGGAACAGAUACACUCUGGAACUCCAUGGCCUAGACUGCGCUUUAGAUCAGACACCUGAAGGUUUCAGCCAGGUGUCUUUUGUUCUUCUCCUCUUCCUUGCUUUUCUACUAGCCCCAGCAAGCAUUAUGGCAUUUUGCUAUGGAUACAUAUUGUAUUGUAUCAGAAUGCUGCGAAGACUACAAGAUUACCAAACUGGUUCUGCACUCAAAUUAAAGGACUACGAAAUUAAAGUGGCUAAAAUGUGCACCUUGAUGAUCUUGGAAUUUUUAAUUUUUGGCAUGCCGCCUUACAUUAUGUCUCUGCUGGUGAUGUGUGGUUAUAAGGACAUAAUGACUCCUACAGUCGCCAUUGUAUCCUCAGUGUUAGUGAAGCUGAGUACAGCUGCAAACCCACUCGUCUACAUAUUAACAAGCAAGAAGUUCAGACAAGGUCUUCUAAAACUCUACUGCAUCUGGUGCUGGAGAAUGCAAGCAAUAGGAAGAAGGCGGCUUGUUGGAGCCAAAGUGAAAAUAGGCGCCACUGGUAAUAGGCUAAAGAGGAGAGUCAUUUUCAGCUCGUCCUCGGUCAGUUCCAUAGCUUCAACCAGUGAAACUGACACUCAGCAGUCAACAGAAGAGAAACCAGAAAUUUACGGAACGAAUGUGAAAAUAAUCCAUGUACAGCCUCGAUAG